UACCAAACAAUGGUUGUCCAUCAAGACUCCCCGCAAACUUCAACAUUUUGACUCCUGGUUAUACUCACAUAAUCUUAUACCCAGGUUCACAUCUCACAACUACGUUCGCAUGGUUAAAUGGAAGGCACCUCCUACGGGUAGGCUUAAACUCAAUGUUGAUGCCUCCUAUAGCACAAGACAUCAAAGAGGUGCAGCUAUUUUAAGAGAUGCAGAAGGAAGACUGGUCCGUGGGGCUUCCUUCAAACUACACUCUAGGAGUGCCUACCAAGCUGAAGUGGAUGCCGCUAUUAAAGCAAUCAGAUGGGCCCUUUUAAUUUCCAAUUCUCUGAUUUAUGAGACUGAUGCUAAGUCCAUUAUUUCCAGGAUUCCAUUGUUCAGUAAAAAUUCAGUCUCCUCUUUCCCAAUUGACGUUUUGGGUCAACUCAUUCUUCAAAAUGGGAUUCAAGUUUCUCACAUUUUACGGGAAGGGAACUCUGCUGCAGAUGGUCUCGCAAAGGUGGACAGGACAUUAGACUCCCCUCUCAAGGAAUACUGGCAUAUCAACCUUUGCCCUGAUGUUGUUAAAAAUAUUUUGUACCACGAUUGGGAGAGAGUUAAGACCCCAGUGAAACUAUGCGGCAUGUACCAUACAGCCCCCUCAGUGCAAUUCACGGUGGAAGAAGAAGAGAAUCUUGCCAGAAACUUCAGCAGAGCAGUAAUUGGAAGGUGUAGCUCAAAAAUCUACAUGCGUGACCUUGAAGAUUUCCUAAUAAACGGGGGUUUUAAGGAAUUCAAGCUAAGGAGGCUGAAAACUCAAGAGAUACUCUUCAUCUUCAAGAGGGAAGAAGACUAUCUUCGUUGGUUUCACAGGAGAAGCUGGAAGAUAAAAUCAUCAACUAUCACGCUAUGCAAAUGGACUCCCAAUCACUCUCACAACUCGGACUGUCCAGUUAUCCCAUUAUGGGUAGAGGUUAGAAAUAUUCCUUUAAAUCUUUCGGAUCACAAACCUCUCUUCUCUAUAGCCUCAGCCCUGGGUAAACCAAUUAAGUUGGGAGCUAAAACUGCCAUGGGUAUCUACCCGGGCACAACCAAGGUUUGUGUGGAGAUGGAUGUCUCACUUUCCAAACCCCCUAAGAUCCAUGUCAGACUUGGCUCUAAAGAUUUGUGGCUCCCUUGCACGUAUGAAGAACACACCCCCUACUGCACCCAGUGUAAUAGAUUUGGUCAUCUCCUUUCCCAUUGCCGGAGGAAAGGUCCGGUGGUGGCGGUGGGCCAUCGAGGAGCGGGGAGUUCAAUUCCACAGAUUCAAGAAUGGAAAAUGGUCACCAGGAAAUGUCCAAAACCCAGCCUCCAAAGCCCCCUCCCUGCACCUGAAGACUUUGACAAUGAGGAUCAUGAAACCAUCACACCUUUGUGCUACCACUCCGAGGGAGACCAACCCACUCCUCAGCAAUCCCCUAUUGCUCCUUUGGAGAUGGACUUAUCUCGGUGCGCCAAAGUCUCAAUGCCUUUACAGAAAUCAGGGCUCAUAUUCCUCAAGAGGAAACAUAAUCUUCAGUUCCUUUGUGUCAUUGAACCCAUUACCUCCAACAGCCAACUUGACAGUUUCAGACUACAUCUUGGCUUUUCAAAUGCUAUUUGCUCCUCUAAUAAUAAGAGAUGGAUUUUCGGGAGCAAUGAACACCUUAUCCUUACCUCUUACCAUGAUGAAAACCAAAUCACUCACUGCCAUUUCACCCACACAGCCACCAACUCACCUAUCAUAAUAUCCUCAGUUUAUGGUGCCCACUCUAUAGCUGACAGGAGAGAACUUUGGAGCAAUCUUCAGAAUUACAGCAAGCUCAACCACCAAUGGAUUAUUGGGGGAGACUUCAACACCAUUGCAUCCCUUACUGAAUUCAAAGGAAAAUGCAUCCCAAGCACUCAAGGUAUGGAAGAUUUUUCAGAAUGCAUCUCAAACUGUAACUUGAUCACUCUAGAACCAAAAGGUGGUUUGUUCACUUGGUCUGGGACUAGAAGCCAAGGAAGGACCUGGAGGAGACUAGACAGAAUCCUAACUAAUCUUUGUCUUCUAGCUUAUUAUGAUGAAGUCUCCCUCAAGCACCUGUCCAAAUUCAACUCAGAUCAUAAACCCCUUUUGGUACACUGUAGUAAGACCACUCCUACUGGACCAAGGCCUUUUAGAUUCCUUAAUGCUUGGACCCUGCACGACACCUUCCAUUCCAUGGUUCAAAAGACUUGGGAUAAUCUGCCCACCAUAGGAGGAAUGAGAGGUUUGGCUAAUAAACUCUCUAGCCUCAAAGCAGCCCUCAAAACCUGGAACAAGGAAACUUUUGGAGACAUUUUCUCCCAACUUCAACAAGCAGAAGAUAAAGCCUUGGAAGCGGAAAAGGAGUUUGAGAUUAAUCCUUCACAAGAAAAUAGAGAAAUAAUGCAGAAAGCCAACGCAGCCUUGAUUUAUUCCACAAAUCUGGAGGUCCAUUAUUGGAAGCAAAAGGCAAACAUCAGAUGGCUGGAAAAGGGAGAUUCCAACUCCAAACUCUUUCAGGCAUAUGUUAAAGGAAAGAGAAAGAAACUCUCUAUAUCUCAUAUUAUUAAACCAAAUGGAGCGGGCACUAGCAACCCCUCAGAGAUCAAGACAGAAGCCAUCUCCUUCUUUGAAAACAGCUUCAAGCAGUCCCAACCACCCUCCUUUGAACCAAUCCUUCCUCUCAUCCCCAUGAUCAUAUCCUCAGAAGAUAACCUCAGAAUCUGUACCAUCCCCUCCCUGGAUGAAGUUAAACAGGCUGUUUGGGAUUUAGAUGGCAAUAGUGCAAGUGGACCUGAUGGAUUCAAUGGAAACUUCUUCAAAGCAACCUGGGAAACUAUCAAACAGGAUCGGCAAGGAUUUGCCUUGCCACGCCCUACCAUCCGUGGAGAUCCAAGAGACACAGCGGGAGUGGAAAAAAUUGGGUCGCGUGGCGUUCCGCGAGCCACUCUGAUUUGCGAGGCGAGUGCGAGGCAAAUAGGAGCACUCCGAUCCGGCCGCUUCUCGUCUAUAUCCUCUGCGGAAAUCACCGGCAGCACCCCUCUUUGGAAAGAGCAAUUCAGAAUGCGCGUCGCCGGCGUCGGACGGCUGCGAGCCGGCCGGAAUUUGAUGGAUCUGACUCCGGAGCGAGUGAACACAGAUGCUGAGGCCGUGCAACAUUUCAGUAGCCGUACCUGUAAAUUGAACAACCUUCUAAUGACAAUGGCGUCUUCCAAGAACCUGGUUCAUCCUUCCCUCAUAACUCCUUGCAGUGUCGCGCCAAAAUCUGUUUCAAAUUCCAUAACUCCAUCAGCUCCUUGCCGUGUUCUCCACACUCACAGCCACAGGCUAAUCGUUUCCACAUUUCCAUCUAAACGCAUCUCUCCCAUUUGCCAGGCCUCUCGUCUGUCCCACAUGGCCCAUACCUUCCCCACUUCCCCGCCAGUUUCACUGGAGGAUGACCACCAACUGAAGUCCUUGCGAUUGAACUUGUUGAGCAGUAAACUUAAGGAGAUCGGAAUAGACUGUGGUUCAUGUGUCCCCGGGCAGUACACUGGAUUGAUUUGUCCAAUGUGCAAUGGAGGGGAUUCUAAGGAGAGAAGCUUAUCUCUAUUUAUUGAUCCAAAUGGCAAUUCAGCUUUAUGGAACUGCUUUAGAGGUAAAUGUGGUUGGAGAGGCAGCACACUGGCAUUUGCAGACAUGAAGCCUACUAAAGGAGAAAAGAAUAAGAUCAUGAAAAUAAAUAAGAAAAUCAGACGGUUAGACGAGCAAAGUUUGGGAUUAGAACCAUUAAAUAAUGAGCUGCUUGCGUACUUUUCCCAGAGAAUGAUUUCCGGGGAAACCCUGAGGAGAAAUGGUGUCAUGCAGUGCAAAGCCCGUAACCAGAUUGUUAUUGCAUUUCCGUAUAGAAGGAAUGGUGAACUUGUAAGCUGCAAAUACCGGGAUGUAAACAAAAUCUUUUGGCAGGAAAGUGACACUGAAAAAAUAUUUUAUGGAUUGGAUGAUAUAAUGGGAGCAAGUGACAUAAUUAUUGUUGAGGGUGAGAUGGACAAGCUUGCAAUGGAAGAAGCUGGCUUCCGUAAUUGUGUCAGUGUCCCUGAUGGGGCUCCCCCUUCAGUUUCAACAAAAGACUUGCCACCCGUGGAUCAGGACACAAAAUAUCAAUAUCUUUGGAACUGCAAGGAGGCAUUUGAAAAGGCAUCUAGGAUUAUACUUGCAACUGAUGGGGAUAAACCUGGCCAGGCCCUUGCUGAAGAACUUGCACGCCGCUUAGGAAGAGAAAGGUGCUGGCGAGUUAAAUGGCCAAAAAAAAUUAAUGGGGAUUGCAAAGACGCAAAUGAGGUGCUUAUGUACCUUGGACCUGAUGUACUGAGGGAGGUCAUUGAGAAUGCUGAGCUAUAUCCCAUAAAGGGGCUGUUCAACUUCAGAGAUUAUUUUGAUGAGAUUGAUUCAUACUUUUAUCAAACAGUUGCUUUUGAUCUUGGGGUUUCAACUGGAUGGAAAUCACUGAAUGAACUAUACAAUGUUGUACCAGGAGAGUUGACUGUAGUUACUGGAGUUCCUAAUUCAGGAAAGAGUGAAUGGAUUGAUGCACUUCUAUGCAACCUUAAUAGAAAUGUUGGCUGGAAAUUUGCACUUUGCUCUAUGGAGAACAAGGUUCGGGAGCACGCUAGGAAACUCUUGGAGAAACACAUAAGGAAGCCUUUUUUUGAUGUCAGGUAUGGGAAAUCUGAUGUGCGAAUGAGCCUUGAUGAAUUUGAGCAGGGAAAGCAAUGGCUAAGUAGUACAUUCUCUCUUAUAAGGUGUGAGAAUGAUUCUCUACCGAAUAUAGACUGGGUUCUUAAACUUGCAAGAGCUGCAGUUCUGAGGCAUGGUGUGAAUGGACUUGUGAUUGAUCCGUAUAAUGAGCUCGACCAUCAACGUCUUCAAAGCCAGACUGAAACAGAGUAUGUUAGUCAAAUGCUCACAAAGAUUAAGCGUUUUGCCCAACAUCAUUCUUGUCACGUUUGGUUUGUAGCACAUCCACGUCAGUUGCAUCAAUGGACUGGAGGCCCUCCAAAUCUUUAUGAUAUCAGUGGAAGUGCACAUUUCAUAAACAAAUGUGACAACGGAAUUGUUAUUCAUCGCAAUCGGGAUCCUGAGGCUGGCCCUUUGGACCUAGUGCAGGUUUGUAUAAGGAAGGUACGCAACAAGGUUAUAGGAACAAUUGGGGAAGCCUUUUUGUCAUACAACAGGCUUACAGGUGAAUUUUUGGACAUUGACCAGCACCCAAAGAAACAAAAGAAUUCUUAUAGAUAAAGCUGCAAAACUAUUGUGCUUGCAGGACUGGGUCUUGUGAAUAUGGGAUGUUUGAUACCAGUUGGAUCUGGUGGAAAGCUGCUAACAUAGUGUAUCAGUAAAAAAAACUCCAAAUUGUCAAAUCAUUUAAUUUAUUUUUGUAUUUGCAAAGGAGUAUCAUUUUUGUAUUGUCCUCUGCCCUUCUGGUGUAAAUUUGACUUCCCUCUUAAUUUUAUUUUAUUGAUACUGAUAUGCCCAAUAUUAGCAGAAGUUGAGCCAAUUUUGCUUGUCCAAGGAUUAGGGGUUGAGCAGAGAAUUGUAUACAAUGCAUUAAUUAUUAAUUUUUUUAUUAAUCAAAAAAAGGGUUAUGA